UUCUCUGUCUCACUCUCUCCAUUGCUCUCAAAAAUGUCAGGUCUAUCCCUUGGUGUAGCUCCACCGUCCGAUCAUGUUCAGACGGAGGAGAUCAAGCCAUCAUCAUCAAACCAGAAGCAACCAACGGUGAUGAGCGGUGUGAUGGGAUCCCUCCGUGUGAUUGAGCUCCAACUUGUGGCCUUCAUCAUGGUCUUCUCCGCAAGCGGGCUAGUCCCAUUCCUGGAUCUCAUAUUUCCAGCCUUCGCCUCGGGAUACAUCCUCCUUAUAUCCCGUCUAGCCUUCCCGGCCGUCCGAUCCAGAUCGAACGGCGGGAGGGAAAUCUUCAAUGGUGGUAAGUUGUUCCGCGGCUACGUGGUAAUGGGGACCACUGUUGGAUUGUUCCUCCCGCUGGCAUACGUUUUGGGAGGGUUCGCCCGCGGGGAUGAUCAUGCAGUGCGGUCUGCUACUCCGCACCUUUAUUUGUUAUCGUUUCAGAUACUAACGGAGAACAUAAUAAGUGGGCUGGAGAUAUUCUCACCGCCGGUGAGGGCAAUGGUCCCGUUGUUAUACACAGUGAGAAGGAUUUUUGUGGUUUUGGAUUGGUUGUAUGAUGUUUGUCUUAACAAGACUUUGCCCGCCACCGCCACCUUUCAGGAUGUAGCGUGGAUGUGGUUUGGAAGGGUGUUAGCCAUGGCGAACAUGAUAUACUUUUGCAUCAACCUGUUUGGGUUUCUACUGCCCCAGUUUCUCCCAAGGGCUUUUGAGAAGUACUUCAAGGAAAGGGAUGAGAUCUCUGCAAAGAUGGCUGAAGACAAAAGGGCUAGUGCCCCAAAUAUUCAUGGUGGCAGUCAGGAUCAUGAAGCUAAUAAGUCACAUGAGACUAAGAAAUCUGACUGAAUAAAUGAAUUAAUGCGUGUACUAUUUGCUUAGUUUUGUUUAAUUAGUCACUCACAGCAAUCUUGUGUGCAAAUUAAUGCUAAUAUGCUUUUAUGAGGUUUUUUUUUUGGUGUAAAAGUUAAUGUAUUUUGCUUGAUGGAAGAGUUCGUUUUUUUU